AUGGACAGGAGACACAAAUAUUUUCCCUAUGACAAAUGCCUGAAGAUGUUGUUCCUUCUGAUUCUCUUGGUGCAGAAGGCAGUUACACUGAGCUGCCCUGCGAGCAAUAUUUUCCCUGUUCCCCAUGAGUGGUACCAGCCUGGUGACCUCAUCAUAGGUGGGAUGGUGUCUCAGAUAAUUCACAAUCUUGUUGAACGUGAAUUUACAAAAUAUCCUUCUCUAAAGCGUUAUGAUUUACCACUUGUCAUAACCAAAUUCUACCAGCACGUCCUCGCCUUGGCCUUUGCUGUGAAGGAGAUCAAUGAGGACUCCCAGAUCUUACCUAACAUCACUCUCGGGUUCCACAUCUAUGACAGUUACAACAACCCAACGAUGACCUAUCGUACCACUCUGGACCUGCUUUUCAAAUCCCAGGAAUUUGUCCCAAACUACAAAUGUGACAGCCAGAAAAAUCUCAUAGCCAUAAUUGGGGGAUUAGGUCCUGAUACAUCAUCCUUUAUGGCAGAAACUAUACAUGUCUACAAAGUUCCACAGAGAGUAAGAGUUGGAAAGAUGGAUCCUCAAAUUUCCAAUGCCAAGGAAUUAAUCAUUGAUGAAGAGGUGAUUGUCUGGCAUCCAGCUUUCAAUCAGGUUAUUCCAAUUUCUCUGUGUAAUGAUCCCUGCUGCCAUGGAUACUGCAAGAAAAGCUUGGAAGGAAAGCAAUUCUGUUGCUACGACUGUGUUCCUUGCCCAGAAGGAAAGAUUUCAAAUCAAACGGAUAUGGAUGACUGUUUUCAAUGUUCAGAACAUCAUUACCCAAAUAAAGAAAAGAAUGGAUGUAUCCUGAAACUGCUGGUCUUUCUAACUUUUGAAGAAACCUUAGGAAUUGGUUUAGCCUCAGCAGCUCUUGGUUUCUUCUUCUUGACCUCUUGCGUACUUGGAACAUUUAUUAAGUACAAGGAUACUCCCAUUGUCAAAGCCAACAACAGGUCCCUCACCUACACCCUCCUUGUCUCUCUUCUGCUCUGUUUUCUCUCCUCUUUGCUUUUCCUCAGCCAGCCUGGCAAAGUGACCUGCCUUCUCCGACAAUCAAUGUUUGGCAUCACCUUCUCAGUGGCCAUUUCUUGUGUCCUGGUCAAAACCAUCACUGUGGUUGUAGCCUUCAUGGCCACUAACCCAGUAUCUCAGAUGAGAAAAUGGGUGGGGAAUAGAUUGGCUUUUUGUACUGUCCUUUCCUGUUCUCUAUUCCAAGUAUGUCUUUGCAUUCUUUGGUGGUCAACAUCACCUCCAUUCCCUGAGUUGGACAAGCACUCACAGCCCCAAGAAAUGAUUUUACAGUGCAAUGAGGGGUCAGCUUUCUUCUUCUAUUGUGUCUUGGGCUACAUGGGUAUCUUGGCCAUCGCCAGCUUUAUUGUGGCUUUCUUUGCCCGUACAUUACCUGACAGCUUUAACGAAGCCAAGUUCAUCACCUUCAGCAUGUUGGCCUUUUGCAGUGUGUGGAUCUCCUUCUUUCCAGCCUAUCUGAGCACAAAGGGAAAAGCCAUGGUAGCUGUGGAGGUCUUCUCCAUCUUGGCGUCCAGUGCUGCAUUACUGGGAUGCAUAUUCCUCCCAAAAUGCUACAUCAUUGUUUUGCGGCCUGACCUCAACCACAGGGAGCAACUCAAAAAGAGAAAAUAG